ACGACAGGUAUUUAUUGUUGUCCUAAGUAAUUUUUAUGUUUAGAUUGAUAAGUACUGACCAGUGAAGUAGGUCAAUUGUACACUUGGGUAUUUAAUCAUUGAUCGGACACGAGGUAUUGGGGAACAACAAACAUUUAGGCUUUGAAAUGGCGGAUAGUGGUAAAAGAACUGUUGUAAUAGCUAUGGACGGGAGUUUAUAUUCAGACUAUGCAUUUGACUGGUAUACCCAGAAUGCAACAAAAGAAAAUGAUGAAGUACUAAUUAUAACCUGUCUUGACAACCAUGGCUGUACUGCAUAUAUGCGUAGAAAUUCCAGCACUGAUGAAAUACGAAAACAGCUUCAACAAGAUAUGGAUAUACAUACUGCAUUGGAAGAGCAUCUUCAAUUGAAGCUAACAAACGCUGGGUUAAACGGGUCUGUAUUUUCGUGUUAUGGUAAACCCGGAGAGGCCAUUAUUAAUGCAGCGAAAGAAAAACAUGCUUCUGUGAUUAUUUGUGGAUCUAGAGGCCAUGGAAAAUUACGACGAACAAUAAUGGGAAGCAUCAGUAGUUAUCUUGUACACCAUUCUGACAUUCCGGUAAUUGUUUGCAGACACAAAGACCACCAUCACCAUCAUCACGACCACCCCCACCAUGUUCAUAUAGACUCGCCCUCUGACGUCAGUAAUUUGUUGCAUGGGCAUUGAUAGCAUUUUUAUUGAUAGUUAAGUUUACACCUGUACAUAAUUAUGUGAUUAUUAUAUACAAUUAGCACUUAAAAUACGUAUUACCUAAAAUUAUUGAUUUGAGAAAUAUGUGUUAGUUCUUUGUAUUGUUGUUAUCUAAAAUAAUGACCGAUAUUGUACUACCCCAAUUGUAGAUACAUUUUGUCAAACAAGUUGUAUUAAAACAAUUUCUACGAUAUUUAAUUUAUCAUUCUAUUUAUUAACGUAUAUUUAAUAAGCAAUCGAGGUGCUUCGAAAUUACUGUGAAACAACCUACUCUAGAGACGCUGUGAAACAGAUGUAAGUACAAAAACAGAU